UCUGAACACACAAGUAACUGGACAUCCAGCCAGACCUCCUGCAUGGAGCUGGGGGCCCAUCUUACUCACUUUGACAGUCUGGAGGAGCUGAAUUUCCUGCAUAGAUGCAAGGGGGAUUUUGCUGCCUGGAUCGGUCUGGACAGAGCGUCAGAACAGCAGCCUUGGAUGUGGACAGACAACACUGAAUAUAACAACUUGGUUCCCAUCCAAGGAAAAGGAGAACAUGCCUACCUGAGUGACAAUGGGAUCAGCAGUAGCAGGAACUACAUACAUAGGAAGUGGAUUUGUAGCAAACUCAACAACUAUACUUUCCAGUGUCCAGAAGUAUAACAAUUUGUCUAGAGAAUGUGUCAACUUAAU